ACGGCAGAAGGCAGAAAGCAGAAGCAGAAGCGGUUAAUUAGAAUGGAAAGUAUCGACACUCCGAAAUUUGUUUUAAAAGAUGAUAGGGGAAGAAAGUAUCAUAAUUUACCGGGAACCAAAGUUGUGUCUAUUAAGGAUCAAGUUCUUAUCUCAAGUGGGGUGCUUUCUUUGGAUUCAUUGAUUGGAGGCGGUUUGCCACUAGGAUCUAUUUUUCUCAUUGAGGAAGAUGAAUUCGGUGUUUUCAGCAAAUAUCUAGCAAAAUAUUUCCUUGCUGAAGGAAUCGCUUGUAAACAUUGCCUCUAUAUUGCCAGCAUUGAUUGUGACACACGACAAUUGGUGAAAGAUUUGCCCAGCCCUGUAGAAUUCUCAGUGUCUUCAAGAUCUUCUGAUCAAAAUGCUGAUGACCUAAAGAUUGCUUGGAGGUAUCGAGACACUCCGAUGGUGCAGUCAAGUCCGUCUUUGUCAGGAGCUCCUGUGUUCGGCCACAACUUUGACCUGACAAGUCCUUACAGCAAAGAGGUCCUUGACAAUGCAGAGAUCACUCACUGGCCUUACGACACAAACUGUGAGAAUCCGUAUUCUGCGCUUCUGUCAGACCUGUACAGCCACAUACAGAAGCAAGGUCACAGUGUGAAGCUCGCGCAGCCACGCAGGACAGUUCUGCGGAUCGUUCUACACAGCCUCGGUUCCCCGUUGUGGCCUCAGCCAGACUAUCUGCCUCGGUUUCUGCUCUCCCUUCGUCACAUGCUACAGGCUGCGUUUGCCUGCGUUCUAAUCACAUUAUCCACUGACAUGGUUGAGCGAGCUGUAGUAGAGCAGUGUGAGCACUUGUCUGACACGGUUGUCCGACUGCAGUCUCUAGCAAACAACUCUAACCCUGCGUACAGUGAGUACAACGGACUGUUGUCUGUAGUCAAGCUGUGCAGCCUCAACACUCUCACUUCACAUACGCCUGACACCCACGACUGGGCUUUCAAACUCAGGAAGCGAAAGUUUGUUGUCGAGAAACUCCAUCUGCCCCCGGAACUGCUAGAGUCUGCACAACGAGAGCAAGACGAAAUCAUCUCCACUCCAACGAUGAGCUGUGCGACAAGUGGAGGAAGAGGCAAAGCUCUGGACUUCUAGAAAUAGUUUGAAUGUGUCACGUUUGUCUCCCAGUAAAGUUUAUAAAGCUGGAUUUUCAUAGGGGCGGAACGCAGAGAAGCGAUUUUAAUGGCGGUCUGCUCUGCUGUUAGGUAAUCAGUACCGUUAAAUUUCCUCAGAAAAGAGGAGAACGGACUCCACACUUCGCAUUCCGCACCUAGGAAAAUCCAGCUGUAGGGAGAGCCAAUGUACUACCAUUGACUAUUGUUGAACCAGACAUUCCAUCCCCAUGUUAAAGUUAUCACCAUAAUUAGAAUUAAAAUGGACAUAGUUGAAUUGAACCAACGAAAGAGUGUUGUGUUGUUAUAAAUUAUUUUUUUAUACCAAUUUUACAAUCAAUUAUUCAAUUUUUACUGAUAGGAUGACAUUUUGUAAGCUAUAGCUCCUCAUUUGUUGCAUGAACUUCCUCAGUAACAAAAACUAACGGAUAAAACAAAAUUUUAAACUGUAGCACAGUCUAUGGCUUAUUCAACUGUUUUGUUUUUGUUUAAACAACUUUUGUCUAGAUGGGAUGUUUACUUGUGUAACCAAAAGUCAAUGCUGGAACUUCAACAUGGAACUGGGAUGUCUAUUAUUCUCCAUAGUUAUUUUAUUUAUGCAACUGUACAAAUUUUUUUUAAUACCCUGUUACAAAAUAAUAAAAUUAUUUUUAUUUUUUA